AGCCGUCUGUUAUUUGUCUUUUCAGUAUAAAGGUUCCUUGGAAUAAAGUUCACCCAAGAACAGUGGCUGCCUCUCUGGCGUGCGCCCCAGGUGUAGUUUGGCCGUGGCCGUGUCUAACAAGUUGACUAAUUUCAUUGCUGAUAUUUCCACCGUGACAUUUAGUUGAUACGCAGUAAGCAAGUUUUUGCUGCAGCGGGCCUGCCUUUGAAAUGCUAGGGUAUUUAUUAGCGGUUUUGACCGUUUAAAAUUAAUCCCAAUUAGUCAUUAAUCAAUUCCAUUCCAGUCGCUGCGUUAUUCUGCUUCAGGUUUUGGCACUAACAGCCUUUAGGAGUCUCUUGUGGGUGACAGCGGGGAGCAGAGCCGGAGAUGCUGUAGCACACACAACCGCUAGAAGACAAACGCCGUGGUCCUCCCACCUUACCAGAGCUCCUGAGUGCAGCUCAAGGAGCAGGAACUAUUUUUAUUAAACCGAUGAAUGGGACUUUUCCCCGCGCUGAAUCCCGCGUCUGGCUCUGCGUGAAAACGGGGCGCAUAAGCAGACAGAAGGACAGUCUUUUCUUUAUGAGUUAAAGCCGGGGUGGAAAAGACGCAGCACUGACUGAGCAGCAGUCGUGCGCAGCGGCGAAAUAGACCAACUAUUGUGAGGACAGAAGAUUGAUAACACAACUGGGUGAACAUCGAGAGCGACAGAUGUAAUUUCCAAACGUUGCAGCUGGUUUGAUGCCAGUGGUGUGCUGGAUGGCUUAUUGUUGCGUUCUCCUUUUCAUCAUUCACUGCUCCCAGCGUUUCCACAUUACUUGGGGAUCUCGGACGGCUGUCUGUGAGGGAGUACUGCUGUAGAGACUAACGGGGAAUGCCAUGUGUCGUUGUGCGACAUAGAAGCUCUUUGUGGGCUGUUUUGCACCGGGGACAGGUGGUGCCGUGUGUGUGUGGGUGUGUGUGUGUGUAUGUUUGUGUGUGGGGGUGUGUGUGUUCUGUGUGUGUGUUGAAAGUAGCAGGGGGCACGGACACACAACCCCUGAGACAGUUGUCUUAGGGAUGUCAGGCCGGCGUACGGGAUCAGUUCUUGCCAGAGACAGGUGCGACAGGGAGGAGUAGUUUACAAAGACCUACACAGGAUCUGGGAACGCACUAACGAGCCUCCUCUCUCCUCUGAUCACUCUCGGAUUUUUUGUAACCAGCGGGACUCACAAUCAACUCGCACUGUCGUUGUCUCAGCGGCACGUUUUCCUCUGAUAACGAGAGAUUCCACUGUUGUGUUGCUAUGAAGACUGUGGCCCCUCCGUCCUUCUUCCUGCUGUGUUGCCUGCUCCAGACGGCCCUCUCUGCAUUCCCUGAGGAACCAGGGCCUCUCAACUUCAUCCCCACUGAAGUGGCGAGAAGACACCCUGUGUUUCUGGGCCGACCCCACCGAACAUGGCCGAGGCAAGAGCCUCUACACAUCCAGAGGAUCCUCCAAGUCAAUCGGACACUCUACAUUGGAGCCAGGGAUGACCUUUACCGUGUGGAGUUGGACAUGGUUGCAGGAGAUGAGAUGUUCUACAGCAAGAUGAGAACAUGGGAGUCAAACAAGAAUGACAUCAGGAUCUGCAGGAUGAAGGGAAAGCACGAGGAUGAAUGCCGUAAUUUCAUGAAGGUGCUGCUCAGCAGACAGGGAGGCCUGUUUUUGUGUGGGACUAACGCCUUCAACCCGCUAUGUGCCAACUAUACUGGAGACACUCUAGAGAUGGUAGGAGACACGGUCAGUGGUAUGGCGAGGUGCCCCUAUGACCCCAAACAUGCCAAUGUAGCUCUGUUUGCAGAGGGGAAUCUGUUUACAGCCACAGUGACAGACUUCCUGGCCAUUGAUGCAGUGAUCUACCGAAGCCUCGGGGACAGUCCCGCUCUGCGCACCGUCAAGCACGACUCCAAAUGGUUCAGAGAGCCGUACUUUGUCAGUGCUGUGGAGUGGGGACCUCACAUCUACUUCUUCUUCAGGGAGAUAGCCAUGGAGUUCAAUUACCUGGAGAAGGUGGUGGUGUCACGCGUGGCUCGGGUGUGUAAACGCGAUCAAGGUGGGUCUCAGCGUGUCCUGGAGAAGCAGUGGACAUCGUUUCUGAAGGCCCGUCUCAAUUGUUCCGUCCCUGGUGAUUCCCACUUCUACUUUAACCUGCUCCACUCCACCAGCCCCAUCAUCAGGAUGCACGGCAGGGACAUAAUUCUGGGGGUGUUCUCCACUCCGGCUAACAGUAUCCCAGGUUCUGCGGUGUGUGCCUUCGACAUGGAGCAGCUGGCUGGGGUGUUUGAUGGGAGGUUCAAGGAGCAGAAAUCACCCGAGUCCAUUUGGACGCCCGUUCCAGAUGAAGCCAUCCCGAAGCCAAGACCUGGUGGCUGCGCUGUUGAAGGUUCCAAGUUUAAUUCCUCAAACUCGUUCCCCGAUGAGAUGCUCAACUUUGUCAAGACCCAUCCGCUGAUGGAUGAGGCCGUCCCAUCACUCGGACAGAGACCCUGGAUAGUCAGAACCAUGGUCAGAUACCAGCUGAACAAGAUUGUGGUGGAUACAGAAGCUGGGCCGUACAGAAACCGGACAGUCCUGUUCCUCGGGUCAAGCAGAGGGACCAUCCUCAAGUUCCUCAUCAUGCCCAACCAGGACAACACGGUCACCAACAGCAACAUCUUCCUGGAAGAACUGGAGGGAUUCAACCCUGACAAGUGUGCUGAAGACUCUCCGCAGGCCAGGCAGCUGUUGUCUCUGACUCUGGACCGGCUGAGCCACACUCUGCUCCUCGCUUUCCCCUCUUGUGUGGUCAGAGUACCAGUGGCACGAUGCCAGCUCUACUCCCGAUGCAUGAAGAACUGCAUUGCCUCCAGGGACCCCUACUGUGGAUGGACCAGAGGGAGCACCUGCUCUUUCCUCAGACCUGGGACCAGACUGCCGUUCGAGCAAGAUGUUGAACAGGGAAACGUGGCCCACUUGGGUGACUGUGACGGAAUGCUGCUCCAAGAGAGUUUUAUGGAGGAGCCUGAUGGCCUGGUGUCUGUAAACCUGCUGGUGGUGUCUGCUGUUUCAGCCUUUGCAACAGGAGCCAUCCUUUCUGGCCUCACUGUCUGCUGGAUCAUGAGUCAUCGCCACCGCCACUCUCGAGGCUCUGGACCCAAUGGAGCCCGCCGCAAAAGUGACAAGGAGCAGAGCAUGCUGGGGCAGGGUCGCAGUGGGUCAGUAAUGAGUGUAACAAGAACCAGUGGUGGUGAGAGACGUCGUUCACAGGCAGACAACCCCUUUGUCACGCCCAAUGGCUGGCCUAAAGGAGAGAUGGACCCAGGCUUGCUUCCUACCCCGGAGCAGACCCCUCUGCAGCAGAAACGGGCCAUGCGUCUCCCAGACACCGACUGGGACCAGAGCCAGACUUUCCUCACCGCUGUGGGGACACCCUGCCCUAACAACUCUGUCAUCUAUCUAAGCUCCAAGUUCCUGCAUGGAGGUGGAGGUGGUGGAGGAAUGGUCCGGAUAGAGGACCCAGGGGAAGUCAUGCUGCCCCCACACACCGAGCGUCAGCGCUACCUGAUCCUAGCCACCCAGAGAGGGGAGCACGGUGGUAGUCGUCCCAGCGGCACCCUGAGGAACUCAGCGGGAGAAUACAUCUACCCCGCCACGCCACAGGACUCCCCCGACCGACGGAGGGUGGUUUCUGCUCCCACUCCCCACAUGGACUAUGGGGAGCCUCGCUGGAGUCACGAGGCACUCAACUACAACAGCAACAAUGGAGCACCCUAUCAUCCCCAGCGCCAGAGCCUCAUCAGGCCAGAUAUGCACGGACCUCGAGGUCUGGAACUGGCUGACUUCAGCCAUCUUCUAGUAAAGAACAUGGGAGAGCGCACCCCCAGUGGCCAGUGAGGUGACAUACGUGAGCCCUGGCACCAAGCUCUCUCUGAGCACCCAUUCCCUCCAACAGCAGACUGGAAUAACCCCUCAGACUCACAGUCCCAGUCCAACCGUACCCUGUCUGUCCUCUCUCACUGUCAUUCAAUGUUCUGACAUCAUUCAGCUGACUGAAGAGAGAGACAGAGAGAAAUUGAAAAAAAGAGCGAGCUGAAAAAGAGGAGAAAACUCUCCUCACGUCUCCAAUCCUCUGCUCUUAAUCUGAGGUGCACCCCUCUGCUCUGCAGGUGGUGCGACCCGCAGAGCUUGACUUUGACACCACAGGACAAACAGUAAGGUAAAGAGAGGGGUGCAAAGGAAAGGGAAGCUUUUCAAAGGAACACAUGGGGAUUUAAAAAUGAAAAUUUUGCUUACAGCGCCAAAUGUGAAAGGUCUCUCACCAUUUUGUUCACCAUUUUGACACCUUGGAUCUUGUUUGUGAAAUUUUGUUUCUGCUUUUGUUUUUUUGUGCCAUUGGCAUCCAGCAGACAACAAUGUGCUUUACUAAGGAUUUCAGACAAGACUAAAAACUGUUGUAGCCGUGCCAGAGGGCACUGACUCUCAAUGAAUCAUGCAGUGUGUGUGUGUGUGUGUGUGUGUGAAUGUGAGUGGCCACAACAACCCCAGCCAGUGUCCUGUCUUUAACUGUGAAGUAUAACUAUAUAAUGAAGUUUCUGUGAGGAGGAGGUUGAUGUUGACAGAAUUUUCCCAUUUUAUAAACGAUCACAGAGAGACAAAUGGAUUUUAUUAUGUUUCUCUUUGAAGAUCUAUGUGUUUAGCAAUCAAAGGUUUGGAUGGUUGACCAGUGGCUGGUGAAGCAUUGAGAAAUCAUUGUGAUUCUGGUCACCUCAGAGGCAUCACAGAGCCAUCAUGAUGUGAAAGAAAGCAAUAAUAAGCAAGAAACACAUGAAGAUGAAGAUAAAGCCAGUUUCAUUUGAUAUUUCAUGGUAUGACCUUGUUUCUCAGCAAAGCAAACUGAAGCUUAGAGAUGUGAGAAGAAGCAGGGCACUGGGAAAUGGAACAAUAUCCCUCCUCCAUUCUUCCCUCCCUAGAUGCCUCUCAGUAUGACUGGGCCUGCCUGACCUGACCUGAGGCCCCCCUGGGCUCUGCAGUCCAUUUGAAGGAGGGAAUGUGAGCUGUGGCUGUCUGGCUGUCUGACUGGGUCUGUGAGGCCCGGCCGCUUGGGAGCUCCAUUCAGCCUCUUCUGCCCGACACUGAGCCUCUUUGUGCCCCAGAAGCAGGAGGAGGCUGCGGCAACAAAUAGCCGCUAAGAGUCAGGGACCUAGCCCAGCACCACAGCCUAGCAGAAUAUCAAUGAGGAGGACAGCAGCUCCAUCCGUCAUGUGAGAUGUACCACCCAGGACCGGGCAUCUCUUGUGCUUCACCCACUUCGGGUAUUCACUGGUUUGCCACAGCAGGGAGGAGUUGAGGGCUGAAACUGGGGCUGAGGCCACACUUGGGGCACUGCUUACUGUCACAAUGGUCAUCCCUUGUGGAUCCGUCCCUUUCUGUCUUUCAGUGUGUUUCACCACAAAAGCGAGAUAAAGAAAACAGAUGGGCAUGGGUGUACUUGGGUGUGGAGUUACCCUUUCACUGCGUUGUCUGAUUCUUUGAUGUUUUCUGUUUUUGUCUGUUCUUGUCCACUCUCGAUUCAAAUGUAGAUCCAGAGAUAGCUUUAUUGUUCAUAUAGGUCAUGGUGUGGAUGUGUUUUUGUGUGCAAGUGAGUCUUCUUUGGUUUGUGUCCAUGUAUGAAUGCAUGACUCACAUUGAGUGGAAAAAACAGCUCUGGUCAGUUUUUCUCUCAUUGUUAUCCUUCAUUUUUCAAACUUACUGAAUUUAUACAAAAUAGUGCAGCCAAAAUGGAGAAUCUGGGCUUGGCUUAGUUGAAGGGGACUUUGGUUCUGUUGGUAGAUACACAACACACAUACGCAAGAAAAUAUGACGACGUACAAAAACUUGAGUUAUGAACAAUUAGAUUUUUUUUCAGUAUACCAGUAUGACAGUUUUUGAGACUGUAAUUUAAGAAUAUGUUUAAAAUAUACAUUUUUCACUCUGACAGCUGAAGAGCCAGAUAUUUUCCUCAGAAGAAAGUGUAAAUUGGAUUAAUAUUUAUCAGGUGGCUAGAAACAUGCCUCCAAAUGAUGAUAAUGUUGCUCUAUAUUUGCAUGGAUGAAUGAAUAGGCAAGUUUUUGCACACUGUUUGUGUGUUUAUCUUAAAAAGCAAUAAUAUGUCAGUGGUGUGUUUACAUCUUGUUUCUGCUGAUCCCAAGUGGUCAAACAACCAGUUAAUGAAGGUUUAAUGUAAAAACACAAUGGCUGGGUAAUAUUUAAAAUGUUUCAAUACUAAGACCAAUAUAAUUGCAAAGAACAGAAGUGACAGUAAUGGCCUUAUCUCAAGCAGUCAUACAAAAAUAAAGUAAUAAAAAUGUGCAUUUGUCAAAAUUUUUAUUUAGAACUGUUUUAUACCAAAAUUAAACAGGAUACCAGCUGCCACCAACACCUUUCUGUUGGUACCAAAACAGUAAAGUGACUCAAUCUCUAACCCUGAAAAAUACACAGCCAAACCUGGAGGUACUGCAUGAGACAAGCCAGUGAAAGAGAUUUAUGAAAGCAAGGGCAGAGGAGGAGGUCAGGCGAGCGAACAUGAUGUUACUGCAUUACUGCCUCACCACAUUAGUACAGUGUUCUUUACACAUUCCACCCUGAAACAGGUCAUUAGUAUUGAGGAUACGGAGCCCUCCACCAGCCCGGCCCCUCAUCUCGCUGUCUCCAUCUCUGCUGUGACCUGAGUGCUGCUUGUGUGUGUGUGUGUGUGUGUGAAUGAGGCUUCUCUGUCUCGACUGGCUUGCCCAGCCACCCGUGUCCUCGCUCUGCAUUUCCUCCGGUGUUUCACUAAACAUGCUUGAUUAGGCAAAGUACAUUGCCAGCCCUCUAAUGGCCUGAUGAGCCCUUGAGGAGAUUACCAUAGACACAUCAGCCCUGAGAGGGAGGUGCAUGUUCAACCAGUUCCUUACCCCUCCACUAACCACCAGCCACACACACACACACGCAUACAGACAAAUACAGUCGCCCCUUUAACCAAAUUUGGGAGGCAAUUGAAUUAACAUCAGAAAUAGAGUUCAGGCUUGAAAUAGGCCGGCAGUGAGUGAUUCUAGGAAAGGUACUGUAUAUGAUAUUAUCUUGCUGAGUGCAUAAUUUGAUUACCUUAGUUCAACAUUACAGAGGAGCUAAAGAAUUCAGGUGUAACCUCAUGGAAGUCAGUCUGUUUAUUAAAGCCGUCAUCCUCCCAUUUCUUUACAUACUUCAUGUCAUUCCCAUUCCUCCUCUUUCAACAGCUGCACUUUGUCUUCUUCGUCUGUCAGGCCCCUUUUUAUUGUUAACAGACUCACACUAUCUCUCUGCACGCAAACAGACACACACACAUACACACACAUGCGCACACACACAGUUGUGUUUGCAUGACUUUAGGGGACAUUACAUGAACCUACAUUAAUUUCCUCAAGGCUUAACCACCGCCUAACCAUAACAAUAAACAUUACUUGCCUAAUCCUAACCCUAACCUCAACCUCACCUUAAAGCAAGUCUUCACCCUAAUAUUUAAUGAUUUACACUGUGGGCACGUGCAUUUCGUCCCCAUAAGGCAGGUCCUCACAAUGUUGCUGUGUAAACAGAUUUUUGUCCCCGCAACUACAGGAAGACACACACACACACACUAUCCAUCCAUCUCUUUCUUCCUUGCAGCGCUCCCCCCAGCAUACACUCUCUACCUAAUGUAAGCCUGUGCAUUUGUCCUGUUUGUCUCUAUUGAAGGUUAGCUGGUUAAUGUAAUGAGUCGAUAACGGAUAUCAAAGUAAUUCCCAAAAUCCUGCUUUAUUUCACAUCAAAUCCUUAAUGUGUUACAAUUUUGUAGACAUUUUCAAAGCUUCUCAUGCAGGAAAUUACUUUCCUUUGUUAAGAAAUGAUUGGGUUUGGAGGGUUUUUUGUUAAAUGUAGCACAUAUUGCCUCUGCUUCUACACUCACACACACAGACACACACACACACACACACACACACACACACACACACACACACACACACACACACACACUCACACACAUCCAUCUCCAUCUCUACCCUGUACUUAUCAUCACACACGUGUAUGAAAUUCCCACCCAGCCCUCGUGACCCAGUCUGUUUUUGUUUUUAAUUGAUCAGGUUGUGUCUGUGUGUGCGUGUGCAUGCGUGUGCGUGUGCGUGUGUGUUAAAGAGACCAUGCCUUUGUGUGUUGGGGUUGUUUGUGCCGUGUGGCCCCAGUGAUGCCCCCCCCACACCCACCCAGCCAAUAACUGCCAUCUUGCCCCACAGUGCUCCACUGUACUGUAUGUGCUCUGUGCCCCAGAAAGAGUCCAGGUACAGAGGAUGACUUGGAUGAAAUUACCCAUCACACUCGGGAGUCACGACAUGAAACUGCUUCCUUCCAAGCCAAUGUCUGAGAGGAAAAAAAAGCACAAAAACAAGGCGAAAACAAAAUCAUUUUUGUAUAGUUGUAGAUGUAUUUAGUCAGCACUGAUCAUUUUUGUCAUGUUUGUUAUUUCUAUAGUUUGUUUCUGUGGUAGAUAUUUGGUUUGAAAUUAUAUGGAAUAUUAUUGUAUAUGAUUUCAAUUUCAAUUCUCUGUUGUGCCGGCUUUGAUGACGACAAUGAAGAUGAACCCGAUGACUAUCAUGAUUAUUAUAUUGACAGUGACAAUGAAGCAGUACUGUGAGCAGCACUUAGGUGUUGUGUCCUGUUUGGAUGCUGAAUCUGAAAGGAAGUGGAUGAAGAGGAGGAGGAGGAAGAAGAAGAAUAAAUGAACUCAUACAGGCUGAUUCUACUUUUUCCCAGCAGUAGAGUCUCCUGCUACUGUGAAGGACCCUGCUGUCCUGUGGCUCCUCUGUCAACCCAGGGACCCCGGGACAGGCAACACAGAUGACAACACAUGUCCCUACUGCGUGUACAUAAUCCUGACGCUUACAUGUAAUUUAAGUGCAGUAGCUGCAUGACGACACAGCCUCUGUGUGUGUACAGAAGUAGCGACGUGUGAAUUUGUACAGUACAUGCAAGUGUGUGUGUGCUUGUGUCCGCGAAGAAAUCUGUCUGUCGUCACGCAAAGAGCAACACGUGCAUGCACCCUCCGACAACUGCACAGUACACACAUACACUACACUGACGCACACUGAACACGCACGCACACACUCCAGCAGUUGUUCACCAUUCUCCACAUUGUCCUGAGCUCUGCCUGUCACUCCGCAUGGAGACUUUGCUCUAUGUCAGUUUUCUUAUUCUAAUAAACCGCUCAGACA